AUGAUUCAAUAAUUUUAAAUAAAGGGAACCAAAUCAACCUAUAUAAUCUAUGAUAAGAUCCUGGGUAAAGGGGCUUACGGCAUAGUUUUAUUAGCACAGGCUCUAAAUUCUGGAAAGUAGUUUGCUGCUAAAAUUGUAAAAUAAUGUUUUUUUCAUGUUUUUAAGAUAAACAAAAAAUCGCUCAGUCCAACUGACAUAGUAAAUUUGAGGAAUGAAAUCAAUAUAUAAUCCAAAUUAUCUCAUGCCAAUAUUGUUUCAAUGGAAGAUGCUUUUGAAGAUAAUGAUUACUUAUACAUGCUGCUUGAAUACUGUAGCGGAGGAUGCUUAUUUAAAAAUAUGUAAUUAAACGGUCCAUUAAGAGAAGAAAAAGCCUAUAAAUACUUUGUUUAAAUAGUUUAAGCUUUGCAAUAUUUGCAUUCAAAUAAAAUUCUUCAUCGAGAUAUUAAAGUGUUUUAUUUUCUUAAGUUAGUUAUCUAAUUUACUUUUAGACAAAGAAGACAAGAUAAAAUUGGCUGAUUUUACAUGGAGUACUUCUCUUUCAUUAGGAUACACAUCUCCUUAAAUAUGUGGAACAAUAGAAUAUAUGCCACCUGAAGUUUUUAAAAAAGGAUUCUAAACCGAAAAGCUAGACAUUUGGAGUUUAGGAAUAGUGCUCUAUGUAUAUUAGUUUGAUAACAUUAUAGGAAAUGCUUCACAAUGAUCUCCCUAAAAAGGGAUAAUUUUUUCUCAAACAGGGAAUCAGUGAGGAAUGCAUAUAAUUAAUGAAGUAGAAUUUAGAGGUGGAUACGGUAAAAAGACCUUCUGCUUAAGAAAUACUUUCCAGUCCAUGGAUUCAAAAGUUCCAAAGAAAUAACAGAUUGAUCAUCAAUACUUGCAGAAGUUAUUCUGGAUUUAAAGAUAAAAUGGGAUAUCUAAAUAAAAUCGUUUAAAUAGGUUCUCCAAUGGCUUCACCAUUAAGGACUGCUUUCGGAUCCCCUUUUGGUUCACCAUUAAAUUCUCCACUGGGAAAAGGCAAAAUCGAAAAAAAACAAGGAUCAAAUGGCCCAGAGGAAAAAUACAGAUUUAGUAAUUAAAAACUUUACUGA